UGUAGUUGUCUUUGGUGAGUUUUGCCUCAUCUGACCGUAGCAUGUCAUGUCACCGUAAAGUAUCAUAUAUAUAUUUAUACUCCCUCCGUUCCACAAAACCCUUCCUCUUUCGUUUUUUUUGCUUUCCACAAAACACUUCCACUUUCUAUUAAAAAACCACUUUUACCCCUACUUUUUCAUACACUACCUAUCACAUCAUUUUUCACUAAUAACCAAACUAUCACAUACUCCGUAUUACUUUUUCCCAUCGCAUCAGGGGCAAAAUUGGAAAGUCAACCAAAAUUACACUUUCCUUAUUUUUCCCAAAGUCAAAACCGGAAGGAUUUUGUGGAACGGAUGGAGUACUAAAUAACACUAAAACUUAAGUCAUUUCCCUAAAUAGCAUGCACUUAAAUUAUUUUAUUCCUUAAAUAGCACUUAAUAAUGUCUCUAAUGUCCUGUGAUGGUAAAUAUUUACUUGAAUAAUGACUAAAAGUACUACAUUGGGAAGAAAAAUACAUGUAGUGCUGUUUAGAGAAGACCAUUAUGUUUUAGUGCUAUUUAAGUAAAUUCCAUAUAUAUAUAUAUAUAUAUUGAUUCAAAUAAGAAUAAGAUCUAAUGAAAGAAAUAAGAAUAAUUAUGCACCGUUGGAUUAAGCCCCUAUGAUUCAUCAUCUACCCAUCUUACAAAGGGUAAGGAGGUAUUUUACAUUGAAAUCAGUUUCUCUCUCUCAAUCCCGUCUUCAUCUUCCCGAGAUCAUCGCAUACACUCCAUCUUCCAGAUUCCUUCCAAAUCUUGCGUCAUAAUCUGUUAUUACAUGAUGGGUCCAUAAAGACGAGGCCAUGGAUCUGUAUGAAGUUCGACAGUCAAGAUGUAAAAAGCAUAGAUGAUGUUUGAUGAAUUGGCCGACUGAUUCUCUUGCUAAUUUAGGUACGACUAAUCAUAGAUUUACUCCUCAUGAAUUCACAUUUUUGAAUUAUUUAAUUUUAUUCCUUUUGCUUUGGUGUGUCAUUGGAGGAAGAAAUCUUCUUGUUCGACAUUCAAAUCACUUCUCAAUUUGGCAUUCCACUCUUUAUGUUUUGAUUCAUGUUUCAAUUUUCUCAUUCUUUUUGCUAAACAUGAUAUUUUUUGUUUGACAGCACACAAUUUCAAAAUCAUUUGUUCAUGUGAAUUNAGGUGUCAUUAUUCACUAAUCCACAAAUUAAUACAAAAAUUAAAUAAAAUAUAAAAGCAAGACACAAUGCAUAUAUCAGAUUAUCAGCUAGCAUAGUGCAAUAACAUUAAAAAGUCUUUAUAAAUUUUUAAGCUUUUACUUUAAAAUGAUCGUCUUCUCGAUCUCAAUCUUUCCCCCUAUCAAACUUAUCAGAGUCUCCAUUAGGGCUCAUACCAUCUGGGAAAAAACUGCUGAAUUACAGCUCUGGCAAUCAAACUUCCUUUAUGAGUCAUUUAAGCUAAAUACAAAGGUUGCAAUUUAGUUCUAUCAUUUUGAGAAAAAUGCAUUGCGAAGAAAUUCUGAAGGCUGUCUUCCCUUUCUUGGACGGCAGUGACCUUGCUACAUGCAUGUUAGUUUGCAAACAGUGGCGUGAAAUUGCACAAGAUGAUUACCUCUGGAAAUGUCUGUGCAUAAAGAAGUGGCCAUCAAUAUGCAAGCGCCCAUCCCCUCCCACUGAAACCUUCUGCAAGUUAUUCCAGACAUUUUAUAAGCACAAGGAUAGCAAAGUCAUUCUCCCUCCUAGAUUGUCUUUCAAUGACUUGGAAUUCUACAUUGACAUUUGGGCUGAAGAAAAGAUAAUUUACUCAGAAGUGAUACCGGGGCCUGUUCUCCGGAGGGGGGCAUGGGUCCCGCCUCCUGGCAUCUGCAAUGUUUUAAGGUUUCAUUUGGAAGGGCCAGAAUACAAGAUGACCAUUCCCGUAGAACCAAGGUUCACUGUUCCUUUGAGCCAGACAGUGAGUGUUUCGGUGCUUGUAGGGCGGAAGGAUAAGAAUAAAGUUGCUUGCAUUAUUAACAAAUCCAUUUUUGAUUAUGUGGACCGAACAGCAUACCGGGCUUUAGCAUACGACUAUCUCGAGUUCUCCUCUCCAGUUUGCUUAUUUGUAUCUGGCAUUCGAGCAUGGAUAUCAUUACUCUUCAUGGACCAUGGCAAAGAAGGGGUUACUGAUGUGGUUAUUGAUGUUUUUGGGAUUGAAAUGGAUUUCUGUGAUGCAGCUAAUUCAGAAGACGAGGUUUUGUGGCUUCUUGACAUGCUAGAUUGGAAGUGAGCUUGCGUGGCUUUCUAAUGUUUCUGCAAGGACCAUAGUUUUGACCCCCCUUCAUUCCAAUCCAAUGCUUGUAUGCUCUUCAUCAUUGAUGCGAUUGUGGGGCUAUAUCUGUGUAUAAAAUGUAAAAAAAAAAUUCUCUGUCUUCUAGUUCAUGCAGUCCCAGUUUUAUAUAUGCACCCGCCCAUACAAAAGAAGGCAAAAAUGUGAUCUUGUUUGUUGUCAUAGACCAACUUCUUUAUUUAUGAUGCAAUAAAAUUUAAAAUUUCUU